AUGAGGGAGGAGCUAGAGUCUAACCUGCUAUGUGACAUGUUGUGUGAUGUCAUCCAUCGCCACACCAGCAGCCACUUUGGUGCCUAUGUGGACUACAUCCGUAACAUGCCUUACCAGGAACAGACCAUGCACAACCUGGGCAGGGAGAACCCCCAGAUCAUGGAAAUAUUAAGGAAGCUACAAGAUGACCAACGCUGUUAUCGUCUGCCCCUGAAGUCCUUCCUGGUCCUUCCCUUUCAGAGGAUCACACGACUCAAGAUCCUCGUAGAGAACAUUUUGAAGAGUACAGAGCGGGGGUCAGAGAGGCAGGUGUCUACAGAGAAAGCACUGAGAGCACUCAUAAAGGUAGUUGAGGCCUGCAAUAGGGAGGUGGGGAGGAUGAAGAUGAUGGAGGAAAUCGUUCACAUCGCCAACAAAACUGAGUUUGAAUGCAAGGCCCUGCCCCUGGUUUCUUCCUCUCGCUGGCUAGUGAGACAGGGGCAACUAGCUCAGCUGUCAGAGAAAGAGAACAUCUUUGGUCACCGGAAGCUCUGUCACAUCUACCUUUUCCUCUUCAAUGACCUACUGCUGGUGACCACUAGGAAAGGCAUGGAUCGGUUUGUGGUGCGGGAUCAUGUCCACCGUUCCCUGAUAGAGGUGAGUGAAGGACUGGAGGAGAAGGAGGAUUUGGUGUGUGCUUCAUGGGAGAGGAUGUUCUGCAUAGCUCUGCUGAAGAACCAGAGGGGAACAACAUCUCAGUUGCUGCUGCAGGCGUCCACACACGCAGAGAAGAUAACCUGGAUGGAGAUGUUGAGUCAUCGAGUGGACGGGAUGGAAGGAAUCUAUGAAGAAUGGGACUGUCCUCAGGUACGAUGCACUGAGGUCUACGUAGCACAGCAGCCAGGGGAACUGAGUGUACAGCUGGGUGAUACCGUCAACGUGAUACAGAAAACUGCUGAUGGUUUCCUAGAGGGCAGGAGACUUGUGGACGGUGAGCGGGGCUGGUUCCCGGAUUACUGUGCGGCGCAGGUCACCAAUGAGUACGUCCAGAGAAAACACCUCAGGCAGCGCUACCAUGUUUUACAGACUGCCAACCGCAUCCUGACCCGACGGCACACUGUUCCCCGGGCAACUGCCUGCUUCAGAUAGGAAGGUCUUUCUGAACGAGGUCUGCAUCCCAAAUGGCAUCCUAUCUAUCCCUUAUAUCAGGGCGUUCACACCUGAUUCUAAUAAUUAGACAGUUGAUAAACCUGAAUUAGGUUACUUACAACUGGGGUUGGAGUGAAAAUGUACAGGAGGGUAGCUCUCCAGGAACAGGGUUGGUGUAAACCUA